AAAAUUGUUGUUAUUAAAAUGUAAAUUCAUCUAGAAUAAAAUUUAACCGUUGGAGUUACAUCAGAAUAUCUGUCUUCUGAGUCUACCAACCGGGCUUGGUGAUGGCGGCCAAUGCUAGUUCUGUCUACCGCGGGGAUUCCUUAUAAACGUUGAGGCAAGAAAUUCCUACCAAGAUUUUUGUCCAAAGCCAUGACUACCACGCUACAAUCGAGCCAUCAAAAGCUCGUCAAGCUCACCAAGCUUCUCACCUCCUUCGUUAACAAUGGCCACCAUCACCAAGCCCUCACCCUCUUUUCCCAAAUGUUCGCCGCCCCUGACCUCGCCCUCGACCCCUUCGCCUUCCCCCUGGCGCUUAAAUCCUCCGCAGCCCUUCGCCUCCCGAGCACCGUCGCUUCCCUUCAUACCCACUCCCUCAAGUCCGGCUUCCUCUCCAACCCCUUCAUCUCCUCAUCUCUUGUCGAUGCUUACGGAAAAUGCGCCUCUUUGACGGACGCUCGCCAGGUGUUCGACGAAUCUUCAGAACGAAACGCCGUCGUCUGGAACGCCAUGAUCUCUCUCUACUCGCACUCGAACGAUAUUACCAACGCCCUGAAACUGUUCGAGCUCAUGGACGUUCCCUCCACGGAGUCGUCCUACAAUCCCAUCAUCGCUGCUCUUUCAGAGUCCGAAGACAGUUCAGGUCCUGCAAUUGAGUUUUACAAUAGAAUGCGGGCCUCUGGUUUGAGACCCAAUCUGAUGACUCUUCUCGCUUUAUUUCCAGUUUGUCUCAACGUAGGUUCGCUGAGCUCAAUCAAAGAGAUCCACGGUUACGGAUUUCGAUGCUCCAUCCACAGAAACGCUCACCUCGGAAGCAUGCUGGUUGAAGCCUACAGCAGGUGCGGGUGUCUGGUUUAUGCUCGCAAUGUGUUCGACGAGUUGUCUGACCGAGAUGUGGUCGUCUGGAGUUCCAUGGUAUCUGCCUAUGCCUUCCACGGCCACGCUAACAAUGCAAUGCACGUCUUCCGGGAAAUGGAAUCCAAUGCAAUACGUCCAGAUGGCAUCAUGUUCCUUGCCGUGCUGAAGGCCUGCAGUCAUGCCGGCCUUGCCGAUGAUGCAUUGAGAUACUUCGAGGUCAUCACCAAAGUUCAUGGCUUGGAAGCUGGAAGCGAUCAUUACUCGUGUUUGGUGGAUGUUAUGAGCAGAGCUGGGAGAGUUUGUGAGGCAUAUGAGAUUCUAAUGAACAUGCCCGUGAAGGCGACGGCUAAGGCUUGGGGGGCACUUCUUGGUGCUUGCAGGAAGUAUGGAGAGGUUAAGCUUGCAGAGAUUGCAGCAAGAGAGCUAUUUGCAAUCGAGCCGGAGAAUUCUGGGAAUUUUAUGUUGUUGGCCAAUACUUAUGCUGCGGCUGGGAGGUUUGAGGAAGCCGAGAGGUUAAGGAGGCUGAUGGAGGAGAGAAGGGUGAUGAGGGCCCGAGGGAGUAGCUGGGUUUUAUCGCGGGAUCAUAUGGCCUAUGGUGCUCAAUGUUGAAAGAGACCUUCAUUUAGGAAGGAAAAUGUUGAGUUUUUCUGAGGAUGCAAAGAUAUGGUGUGUAAGGGCAUCUCCAACCGAACGUCAAACAUGCAUAUGGCGUCCGGUCGCUCCAGCCGAACGCCAAUUCUUCCGCUAUUUGCUUGCAGGUGAAUAGUGCGACACCAAUAUUGGCGUUGCACUGUUCACCUACGUGAUUUUUCUGUCUCAACCGGAUUUGUCGAAAAAAUGCGCCAAAAGAGGAGAAAGAUGGUUACCUUCUUAGAAGCCCGCAAAAUGGAGUUUGAUUGGAGAUGAAUCUUGACACUUUUACGUUUCACCGCAUUUUGGAGUGAAAAAUGGGAUUUUCGGUUGGAGAUGCCCUAAGCCCAUAACUUCUGCUUACCAUUCCAUGGCGAUCAAUCAGACUGCUUACGGAGAUUGGGAGUUGGAAACUUGUUCAAGUGAAAGAGAGAGGAAGUAUCAUAUUGGUAAAGGAUUCAUGUUAGAAGGUAGUUAAGAAGAGAACUCAAGAAAGUUAGCUAUGUAAAAGAAGAUUGCGAUCAGCAGAUAAAUCUUUGAAAGCUUUAUAAGGAGAGCAGAGGCUUGAACCAUCCAUGGCAGUUCAAAGUGAGUAAAUAUUUGGUUGAUAUCAUACCUAAUUUAUUUAUUUGUGGAAUAAGAGGUAUAUAGGUAUAUAGGAAUGAAAGAGAGUAUUAUAGAGAUUACCAUUGUAAAACUUUUAUGAAAAGGAACAAGAUUGUAAUAACUCAUUUAAAAAUUUGAACAAUAAAAAUUACGAGUUCACUCGAACCAGUUUGAUAAUAAGACAGGCCCAAUGGGAUAGUAUAGAAAGGUAGGUCUAUAGUCCAAAACGAGUCUAUGUUG